GUGUUACCAUAGUGACCAAAAAAUCAACUAACAUUGAGUUGAGUUGAGUUUAAGUUCAUUUCGACCACAUUGAACUCUUUGUUACUCGGGAAAUAGCAGAUAAAGUCUCUCUCUCUGGGCAAGUACACUCAAAUAGAAACCUAAACACUCUUUUUUUAAACAAUGUCUGUGGUUGAGAUGACUGAAACGUCAAAGGAGAAAACAACAGGAACUCCAAUUGGAUGUGCAGACGCCCAAGAAACACCUGCUGAAGAAGAAAAGAAGCUUCCAGGGCCGCGGAUAACCAAGACCUUUUUAAAGGACCACUGUAAGCAGAACAAACUUUAUUCCACGCCAUUCCUGAAUGACACCUUGUAUCUGCACUACAAGGGUUUCUCCACAAUUGAAAACCUGGAGGAGUACACAGGACUCAAAUGUCUAUGGUUGGAAAGCAACGGGUUGCAACGGAUCGGGAACUUGGACGCGCAGGUCGAUCUCCGCUGCCUGUUCCUCCAGCAGAACCUUAUCCACAAGCUGGAAAACCUGGGUGCUCUGAAAAGGUUACGCACUCUGAACGUCUCCAACAAUUACAUCAACACCAUCGAGAACAUCUCCAGCCUUCCUGAGCUGAGUACCCUGCAGAUGGCUCACAACAAACUGGCGGGGGUGAAGGCCAUAGAACACUUGAGUCAGUGUCCAUCCAUCAGUGUGCUGGAUCUGUCCCACAACCUCUUACAAGACCCCGAGAUCCUUCCCGUACUUGAAGCCAUGCCGGACCUACGCGUCCUCACCCUGAUGGGCAACGAAGUGGUGAGAAGGAUCCCCGACUACAGGAAGACUCUGAUCGUGCGCCUCAAGCGGCUGACUUUCCUCGACGACAGGCCCGUCUUCCCCAGAGACCGAGCGUGUGCAGAAGCGUGGGCGCUUGGCGGGGUGGAGGCGGAGCGCGAGGAGAGGGACCGAUGGAACACUCGAGAAAGGAGGAAAAUCCAGGAAGGCUUGGAGGCCUUGGCUGCCGUUCGACAGAAAGCCCAGGAGAGACAACGCCUGAAAGAGAAAGUGGUGAGAGGUGAGACUUCCCUCGAUCCAGAAGCUUCUCAUCAGGACGCCGUUACUGAGAAAAUCCAAGGGUUUGUGCAGGAUACCCUGGAUGCUCAAGAAGAGUUUACACAAAACCGAAUAAAUCUGCGGCUCUGCAAAGAAGAUCCAGAGAAACAUGGCGAAAAGUCCGUGGAGGACGAUGGGAACCAGUCAGAAAGAGCUGAGCUUUGUGUCGAAGCUCCUGGUGAAACUGGAUCUGGUCCUGGGCCACUGGUGACUGAACUGGUGGAUGCAGAACAGCUGGAAAGUAUUCCUCUGACCGAGCCGCUGCUUAUUGAUGACCUGCCCGAUCUGGAGGAUGUGGACUCAGAAGACCUGGCGGAUUUGUUCUCCUCGGACCAGGAGUUCAAACCCAAGAUAGAAGUCAUCUCAGGGGAUGGCAAUGACAAUGUGGAGGCAGUCGGGAGUGAGAGCAUCCACUCUGGCCCAGAUAAGUCCUGGCUUUUUAUUGGCGGCAGUAAGACAACCGAAGCGCCUCAGGAUUCAGCGCUGAUAUAUUCAGGUGAUACAAAUGAGCUUGAAACCGGUGCAAAGUCUGAUACGAGUCUGAUAUCAUGUCCACCACGCUGCCUGAUUGAGGAGCUGGAAUGAAAUUUGUUUCGUUUUUUGGCAUCCCAAGAAAUAUAUUUGAUCGUUUGUUGGCAGUUCAGUGUUUACAACUUUAUUUUU